UAAAAAAAAAAAAAAAAAAAAGUCAAGACACUUCCAUAUAAUUAAUGGCAUCAUCCACGCUCAAAUCCGCCGGCGAGAUCCAAAAUCUCAUCUUUUCCCAAAACCGCAAGCUCACUCACCUCGCUCGUUGCGGCCGCAUCGACGAAGCCGUCAAGCUCUUCGAAUCCAUGCCCGCCCGCAAUGCCGUGUCCUGGAACUGCAUGAUCUCCGGCUUCGCCAAAAACGGCCGAGUGGCCGACGCGCGCCACCUCUUCGAUCGCAUGGCCUCCAAAAACUUAAUCUCAUGGAAUACCAUGAUCGCUGGCUACUCCCACAACAAUCACGUCCUCGAAGCCUCCCAGCUGUUUGAGGAAAUGCCCAAAAGGGAUAGUUACUCCUGGACUCUAAUGAUCUCUUGCUACUCCCGCAAUGGGGAGCUGGAGAGAGCAAGGUGGCUCUUUGAUUCCAUGCCUGGAGUAAAGAAUCCAGUUUGCUACAAUGCCAUGAUAGCUGGAUAUGCCAAGAAUGGGAUGUUUCAAGAUGCCAUUGUUUUGUUGACUGAGAUGCCGGUGUCAGCUCGUAACAUGGUUUCGUGGAACUCAGUGCUCGCGGGAUAUACACAAAACCAAGAGAUGGAACAAGGUUUGAAGUUUUUUGGAGAGAUGCAGGAGAAAGAUGUGGUUUCUUGGAACUUGAUGGUUGAGGGAUUUCUUCAAGUUGGCGAUCUGGAAUCAGCUUGGAGUUUCUUUAGGGCAACUCCAUGCCCAAAUGUCACGUCUUGGGUCACCAUGUUAAAUGGAUUUUCGAAGAGUGGGAAUAUUGAUGAAGCCAGGAGGUUGUUUGAUGAGAUGCCAGAAAGGAAUUUGGUCGCCUGGAAUGCAAUGAUCUCGGGAUAUGUACAGUUCUCGCAAGUAGAAGAGGCUUAUAGGCUUUUCGGUAAAAUGUCGGAGAGGAAUUCUGUGACUUGGACUACAAUGAUUAAUGGGUAUAUUCGAAUUGGGAAGCUUGAGAAAGCUAGGGAGUUGCUUGAUUCAAUGCCCUUCAAGAAUGUUGCAGCACAAACUGCAAUGCUAACUGGGUAUGUUCAGUGCAUGAAAAUGCAAGAAGCUGUUGAACUCUUUGAGAAAAUUAGUACAAAAGAUGAUUUCUGCUGGAAUGCAAUGAUCUCUGGAUAUGCUCACUGUGGAAGAAUGGAUAAAGCAGUGGAAUUAUAUAAGAGAAUGCCAACAAAGAGUUUGUUUUCCUUGAAUACUAUGAUCGCUGGGCAUGCUCAACAAGGCGAGAUGCAGAAAGCCCUGGAGGUUUUCAAGCAGAUGAAAGAGAGGAACACAGUAACUUGGAAUUCCAUUAUCUCUGGCCUCACCCAAAAUGGAUUUUACUGUGAUACAAUUAAGCACUUUGUGUUGUUGAGAAAUGAGGGAAGGAAACCAGAUCCGUGCACGUAUGCCUGUGGUCUCGCUGCUUGUGCUUAUCUUGCUGCUUUGCAAGUGGGGAAGCAACUUCACCUUCUUCUUGUGAAAAGUGGUCAUGCUAAUGACUUAUUUGCUGGCAAUGCUCUGAUAAAUAUGUAUGCAAGAUGUGGAAGGAUUUCAAGUGCCAAGCAGGCCUUUGAUGAGAUGGCUUCUGUAGAUCUCAUUUCAUGGAACACAUUGAUUACUGGCUAUGCGCUGUAUGGCUUCGGUAGGGAGACAAUAUCACUUUUCAAAGAGAUGGAAGUUAACGGAUUUAGACCUGAUGAUAUCACUUUUGUUGUUGUUCUAUCUGCCUGCAGUCAUGCAGGGCUAAUUGAUGAAGGACUAAAAUAUUUUGAUUCCAUGAGCAGAGACCAUUCUGUCGAACCUGUGGCUGAACACUAUGCUUGUGUGGUGGACUUGCUUGGCAGGGCUGGGAGAUUAGAAGAAGCAUAUAAACUAGUUACAGAAAUGCCCAUCAAAGUAAAUGCUGGUGUUUGGGGUGCAUUGCUUGGAGCUUGUAGGAUGCAUGGGAACCCAGAUAUCGCAAAGUUUGCCGCAGAGAAACUAUUUGUGAUAGAACCUCAAAAGACCUCCAAUUAUGUUCUAUUGUCAAACAUAAAUGCUGAUGCUGGGAGAUGGGAAGACGUGGACAGGGUGAGGAGUUUACUGAAAGAAACAGGAAUACAGAAGCAGCCUGGUUGCAGCUGGAUUGAUAUAAAUAACAAAGUAUGUUCCUUUGUUUCUGAUGAUCCUAUGCAGCCCAGAACAACUGAAGUCGGAUUUGUCCUUGAGAUGCUGUGUGCCCAUAUUAGAAAUACAGAAAUCAUGCCUUGGUCAUCUUUGUUAGACUGUGGAUAAUUACUUCAGAGAGCUUUUCUGCUGAAUCUGAAGCUCUUUUCACAUAAACCUUCAUGCUGCAUAGGAUGCGUGAGAAAAUAGAACUGAUAGAUAGAAUGCUCAAGUCAUGUUAAUAUUUGACUGCAUGUUUAUUUCACAUGUUUUCUCAAAUUAUUAGCAUUAAGAAUUGCAUUUGUCCCUCAGCAAAGCAGUCACUUUGUCAGUCUCAGAAGUUACAGCACUUUGCCUCAAUGGGUGAGUAAAGAUUUUGCAACUUGAGGAAUCAAAACUGCACGCCUCUAUUCAUGCCUUCUGACUGCUAAAAGCACUUUAAAAGGUAACAUAUCUUCUUCAGAUUAAAGACGUUGGAGAACCCACCAAAUUUUGCGAUCAUGUAAAUAAGUGUUCAACUGAGGUUUUGUUUGGGAUAACUUUCUUACUGCUUCUGAAAGCAGCUUUCUAGUAUAAAAAUUAAAAUUUUUAUACUAGAAAGUUGCUUUCAGAAGCAGUAAGAAAGCCAUCCCAAAGGACGAAGCUUGAUUGAUACUCUUGAUGUCAAUAUAGUAAUUUAUAUAUAGUUUUCGUUUGUCAAUGCAGCAUUUUCUGUUGGCAUAAUACACAAAUUAAUGGAUUGUAGUACAUUUUUCAGUUGUAAUAAUUGUUGAUUGAAUAUUGUAGGAGAGCAGCAAAAAUUUAUAUAGUUUACCUGUUUUAGUAGA